AUAAAAAUUAAUAACACAUAACCUUAUUAAAAUGAUAAAGUCAAACUUCUAAGUUUUAUUUUUGUUAUAUAGUUCAAAGAACUAUUUAUACUUACCAAUGUCGCAAAUUCUAUUAAUACAUUUGAUUCUCAUUUGAAAUGAAUAGAGCGCUCCAUGCUUCUAAAGAACUUAGUCGUCCGUUGCAUUCUGCUGAAGCAAUAUUUUAUAGACUUUUGUACAGAGUUAUUUUCUAGUAUAUUGGACUAUCUUAAAGACACAGUGGAGCAUUUAAUUAUAGCCGGUUUAAUUUACCUACUAACAUGCAUAGUUUUGUAUUGGUGUAUAAAAGUUUUCGGAAUUAUAAAUUUCAAUCGAGAACCAAGAAAUUCAAAACGAAUAUUAUUUGUUAUAGCCCAUCCUGAUGAUGAAUGUAUGUUUUUUGGUCCAACCAUUCUGUACUUUACUAAAAAAGAAGACUGCACUGUUUAUAUAUUAUGCUUAUCUACUGGUAGAAAUUAUGGAAUGGGUGUAACUAGAAAAAAAGAAUUAUAUAAAGCUUGUAAUGAAUUAGGAAUACCCCCUCAAAAUAUUUUUAUUCACAACCACACUCUUCUUCCUGAUGCUAUGGAUGUUCGAUGGCCCACAGAUGUGAUAUCAGAUAUUGUCUUAAACUACAUAGAAAGAUUUAGUAUAACAACUUUAGUAACAUUUGAUAGAUAUGGAGUAUCUCUUCAUAAUAAUCAUUGCAGCAUAUACUAUGCAGUGGCAAAUCUUAUUUUAGACCACAAGUUACCUAGGGGUUGUGGUGUUUAUGUACUUGACAGUACAAAUAUUAUUAGGAAGUAUUGGUUGUUGAUGGAUAUUCCUUUAUCAUUCAUAUUUUCUCGAUUUAGAUUCAUGGUAGAUAUAGCAGAUAGGUCAUUAAUACAUAAAGCGAUGAAAAAGCAUGCUUCUCAAAUAAAGUGGUUUCGAUGCCUAUAUAUGUACUUCAGCAGGUACAUGUUGAUUAAUACAUUACAACAGAUGAACUUGGUGGAUAUAGAACUGGAUUUGGAGAUAGAAGAUUGAAAAACCCUUUUCAAUAAGUCGAAUUAAAAUUUCAUGUACAUUGGAUAUAGUUAUAAAUUAAGAAUCAAGCAUUUUAAAUAAAUAUUGAUACUUAUAUCCAAAGUGAAAAUAAAAUUGAGUUUUAUAAUGCA